AUGUACUUCCCUGCCGCAGUGGCACAGCUCGCGCUGCUGCUCGCUGCCGGCGUCCAGAGCGCGCACUGCUCAACUGCCCCGACUGUCGUUGACGAGCGCCUGGGCGUCAGCUAUACUGGCUUCGAGCGCAACGGCGUCGAAGUCUUCCAGGGUAUCCGUUUCGGAUUAGACACAGGAGGCGAGUACCGGUUUCGUCCUCCUCGUCCGUAUGUACCGGAGACGGGACGCAUCAUCGACGCACGACAGUUGGGAGCCGCAUGCCCGCAGGAGACCGGCCGCAGCAGAGGUCCGCUGUCGCUCGGCAUCAUCACUAGUGUCUCGGAAGACUGUCUCAACCUCAACAUUGUCCGCCCAAAGAAGGCGCUGAGCGAGGGCGCAAAGUUCCCUGUCAUGGUGUGGAUCUAUGGCGGUGGUCUCUGGGUUGGCUACAAUGGCGAGCCGACGACCAAGGGUGAUGGUGUGGUCCUCGAGUCCAUUGAGAAUGGGCUGCCUGUUAUCCACGUCACCAUCAACUACCGGCUUGGUGUCUUCGGCUUCGCCCAAUCUGGCUCUCUCAAGGAGGAGAAAUCCGAGAAUGCUGGAGUUCGCGAUCAGCACCUUGCUAUUGAGUGGGUUCGUGACAAUAUUGCCGCAUUUGGUGGCGACCCAGAGAACAUCACAAUAUACGGACAAUCUUCAGGAGGCUUCUCUGUCACCGCUCAGCUUCUCGCAUACGGAGGUGAAAAGCCUGUGCCCUUCCAGAAGGGUAUCUGCGAGAGCCAGGCCAUUGCGACUGGCCUCACUGGCACGUAUACUCGAGAUGCCAUGCAGGUCCUAGUCGACUACGUCGGUUGCAACACUACCGCCCUUGACGACGCGGCCACAAUCUCUUGCCUCAAGUCAAUCGACACCCUGACUCUGACAAAUGCCUCGCGGAAUACCUACUGCGGCGAGUGUGGCGACAUCUGGCUGCCCUCUGUGGACGGCGACUUCUGGCCUGACGCGCCCUCGACUCUGCUCCGCGAAGGACGCUUUGCAAACAUUGACACCAUCAUUGGCUGGACAGAGGACGACAUGACUCUGUACACGGACCCGUCUCUUGCCGACGCCGAGGCCACCUACCAGACCAUCCGCGUGCAGUACCCCUGGCUGAGCGAGGACAACCUCGAGAAGCUCCUUGCUCUGUACCCGGUCGAGGACUUCCCCGCCAACAUCGAGGCCAACCGCACGAGCGAGUCUUACCGUGCGGCCCGGAUCUGGCGAGACAUCCUGAUGGUCUGCCAGCCCAUGUAUCUUGCCCAGACACUGGCUGCGGCUGGCAACAAGGCGUACUUGUACGACUGGAACCAGACGGUGACUGGUCCGGCCUUGGCUUCGGUCAGAGGCCUGUACGGCGUGGGCGUGCCGCACACGGGAGAGUUUGCCUACACUUUUGGCAACGUCUCCGUGUACGACGUGAACGGUUAUCCGUUCGACCCCUUGCCGUCAGACUUUGAGCUGCAGCACAAGGGCGCCCGGUCGUGGUCAACUUUUGCCAACACUGGGAACCCUUCUCUGGUGGGCCGUGACACCUUCCUCGGCUGGGAGGAGGCCUUCCAGGGUGAUUCUGAGGGUCAGCCGUAUAUCUGGGUCGCCGGUGGGCCGAAUGAAGGUCUAUCUGCCGUUGACGGGCCCGACUCGAUCCCCGAGAUUGCGCAGCAGAAGUUGAGAGAGCGGUGUGCCUUUAUCAACUCACCCGAGAUGAUCGAGGAGCUUAGAUACUAG